CACAUGGACAGUUGUUGACGAGCCAUCUUCCCACCCAGACAAGCUUCAUGCACCAUACUAACCCUUGUUUAUGUAAUGGCAUUUGCUUAAGGAAGCCAUAGCUGGUGGCUGUGUGCGUUAUUGGUCUGUUUCAGUCGCAGUCGGCUGAAUGAGCCAGGGUGGGCUGUGUUUGCAGGACCCUCCGUCUGGCGAACCUGGGCUCCUCUGCCCCAGCGGCUGCAUCCGCAGAGCAUCCGAGCAAGGGCCAAGCGAGUCACGGCAGAGCGCAGAAAAGAGCAGGAAGACCGUUCCAUCUUCCCAGACUUUCUCAUCGGCUUCUAAUUGUGUUUUCACGGCAGCCCGGUCAGCCUGCUGGAGCAUGGCCUGCUAAUGAUCCUGACGUCCCGCGCAGCCCCAGAGUGACUCUUGGUGGGUCAGAUGGCUACAGCCAACAAAGGCACCAACCCCAAAGUAGGGGGUGUCCGUUUUGCCACAACCCCAGCUGUGGAAGGAAGUUCCAGCCAUGUUCACUUUGAUGAGAAGCUUCAUGACUCCGUGGUCAUGGUCAGCCAAGAGAAGGAGGGGGACUUCUUAGUGAAGGUUGGGUUCCUGAAGAUCAUGCACAAGUACGAAAUCACAUUCAUCCUGCCUUUUGUGCAGCUGCUGGGGAAGGACAUUUGCGCGGCACCCCUGUCGAACCUGAACCUCAAGGUGACCAACAUCACGCCAGUACCUGAAGGCUACAGGGUCAAGUGCGAAUACGUGGCCCACAGAGAAGGCGUCCUUCGAGAAGAGAUGGUCCUUCGCAGCGAGUCCAACCACAGCGCCAGCAUCAAAGUAGUUGUGCAAGCCCGGGUGAUGGACCGGCAUCACGGCACGCCAAUGCUGCUGGAAGGCGUGAAGUGCAUCGGGGCCGAGCUGGAAUACGACUCUGAGCAAAGCGAAUGGCAUGGCUUCGACUAGCCAGGAUUCGCCCCCCUCUGCUGCAAACCCCGGGGCCUUCCCGGGGUUCUCUAUCCAUAUAUAUAUUUUCCGGUUAAGCUUGAAAUAAAAAAAAUUGCCAUCUCCACUGUCCGCUGGCUGCCAGACGCAGAGCGCUCUUGUUGUGUGCUGGUCCGAUGGCGCUUGUCUUGUGGGGCUGGUGCUGUGCUUUUCUCCUGCCUCCCCCCCGCCGUUACACCCAGAACUAAACUCCUUGUAGGCUGUGGUUUGGACGGGCAGGGGCGCUUCCGUUUCCGUAGCCUCGGUUCUGCAAGCGGCAGCCCUCGGUGGUGCGGCUGUGAGCGCACCCUCUGGCAGCCUGCGCUCCUCGCAUUCCGGUGGGCUGUUUUGAUUCUUCCUGGUUUAGCAAGGCUGGACGGUCUGCAGAGCGUUUUCUGCAGCUGCAGUUUGUGAAUCGGAGAAAGGCGGCUGGGUCGAGGACUUCUGCUCAGACGCCUUCCUGUUUGGGGGAGCUUAGGAGAUGCUGCCAUUAAAGAAAAGGAAAGGAAAGCUUUCCAGCUUUUAGGAAAGAGGCAGCGGUUUAGCCCUGAAAAGCUGGUUGGGGGGAACAACGGGUCAUUUUUGGUGGAGUUGGAUGGUCAGCACGGCUGCCCCAAAACAGCUGCUUAGUGCUAAAAGGCUGACCGGAGGAAAGCUCAUAGGAGCAUCUACCGGAUAAACAAGGUUUCACUGUGUUUUUAAGAGGCGAGGUUAGGUUACUGUGAGACUGACAGUUCCUGGGGACCAACAUACACACCCCCGUUGCCUGUGGUUGGGUGCCCCUCUUUAUUCCUCCUCCCCCUCCCUCUCCCGCUGUUGGAAAUGAACCCCACUCGGGACAAAAACGAAGCCUCCCCAUCUCAGUUUUGCAAAGAUUCACCAAACCCGAUUCAUUCGCAGCAACCUGGUUUCCGGUUUCCCCUUUGGCCACAAGGAUGGAUCCAGCUGUGGCCCGGUUGUUAUGCACCCCCUCCCGCCACCCCCGUUCAGAUAGCCUAGGAAGGUUUUUUUCUUUCAAAAGGCAAGCCUUUUGCUGCAUUUUUGGAGAUACGCAAGUGAUAGGCGAGCGAUCUCUUUUGUUGACACACGAGGUUUCGAAGACGUGUGAUUUUAGUUUCUCUGUUAAAACGUCAGGCCUGGACCCUGAAGUCCCAUUGUGGACUAAGAAUCCCUAAAUACAAAUUCCUUGGGAUAUCUAGGGCAGUGUUUCUCA